AUGCAAUCGAGUGCAUCCAACGACCCUAAUAAACCUACAAAUAAUGAAAUAAUAAAGACACCAUUGGUUCCACCAAGUCCACGUGGAGGAUUAAAACGAAUGGCGGGAAUGAGCCAAUUGAAAUCGACUUUUUCAAUUUCUUUGGAGUCUCAGAGAACAAUCCCACCACCAUCAUCGUCCUCAUCCUUCCUAUCCCAUUCAACAUCGAUGGUUUCUGUAGCAGCGAGUCUCAAAAGAGCCGGUGUACCUAGUCUAACUCGAACAAAGACUAGUGCAUUACCCAUAAAAAUGGAGAAAAAGCCAAUGGUUCCAUUGCGGAUAGAACAGGACCACCAGACACCGAUCCGAAAACUGGCUCCGGAGAGUAUUCCAAGCCUGGAAGAUCAAGUAACACCGCCAAUGCGUCGAUCUAGUAGUGGAUCAAUGCUGUUGAGACAGACGCCUGAAAGGAUUCGAAGGCAAGAAGAAGAUGUGGAAACACCUGGUUCUCCAGUUAAAAGAUACCGAAGAUCCGGGUCAAUGCCACGAUUAGAGGCCCAGUCCCUUGAUGUUCCAAUACGAAUGGAAAUUGGAAAUAGCUUAACUCCUGUGUUAAAGAGGAAGAGAACAUCUUCAUUAACGUGUCUCUUUUCAUCCGACAUGCCACCAAUUUUAACUCCACAACGUUUACGUCCACGUGGCAUUUCUGAGACCCGUACCAUCGAUGAUGACGUGUUCGUUCCAAAAUCACCUACGAAAAAGCCAAUAACUUCGCCAAUCAAAAAACGAGUUCGUCAAGAUUCGGAAAAUCGUUCGACAAGUCCCCUCAAAAAACGAUAUAUCUCGUCGUUUUCGAUUCGGCUCGAAGAGGAAAAGGAAAUUGAAAAAGCAGUACCAACUCCCACAAUGUCAACCCCGAUGCGGAAGUUCAAAUCAACGAUAUUUAAUCCAAGGGCUGUCACUGAACGAAUCGCUCAAACUUAUGGAACUGGAAGUCGUCAAUUGUUAAAAUCCACGUCAUCGACUGUUCUUCCAGCUCCUCCGGCGUUAGUGGCCCGGUCAACGUCUGGUGAAACUUAUUACAGUGCAACUGAAGGAGAAGAUUCAAUAUUAUCUGCACCUCCCCCACAAUCUACCGAAGUCAUAUCAAUACCAAAACAAGACGAUUUGCAACGAGAUGACGGGAAAAUGGUUCCACUUGUCAAGAAACAAAUGUCAAUUGAUGAGAAAAUAAUGGAGGACGAUGAGGAUGAGGGAUUUGGUGAUUCAAUGAAAACUAUUAAACGUGGACAAGGCAGUUCGUUGGCACGAAGUCUUUCACUCAAAUUAUCACCGAAAACUGAUCAGCAAAAGCCAAUUGGAGCAGAUACCGAGAAGUCGUGCUCAACACCAUCUCUCCCAACGGCUCCAUUACUCUCAAGACAGGGUUCAACGUCUUCGUUGCGAUUCAAAGUGUCGCCGUCGACGUUUUUGAAACCCAUUGCGACGCCUAUCAUUGAUGUUUCACCGACUCCUCGUCCUGAUCCAGAACCACUACGGAUAAUUGUUGCUGCUGCUGCUGCUGCUCCUGUCGAAUCAACAGAAUUAUCAGAGCCAUCAACAUCGAAAACUCCAGAACAAAAAGCAGAGCCGGCGAUGCAAAAGUCUGCAUUAAGAAAGCAUGCAGCGAAUUUUAGUGUCAGAGAAGAGAUUUUUAUUCCAGGGAUCCGUCGAAAAAAGAUAAGAUUCAGUGGUCUUCACGUGCAUUAUUUCGAUCGUCGACAAGGUGGAUCAACAGUUCCAACGGAAGGAGAUAUUUCAUUGGAUAUGCACAAUAAACAUCAUAGUCAUCGAUAUUUCUCAUUAUCCACUGGAAAACGGCCGAUUCUCGAUUUAUUAUUGUAUGCAGACGAUGAUCUGUCCGAUGGUGAAGUCAUCGAUCCGGAUAGUGAUGAAGAUCGGGAUUAUGAUGAGUAUGCGUCGGCUAAAUCGAUUCCCCGAAUAAAUCAACGUCAUCGAAUUAAAUUGUUGAAAAAGAGUGGAGUGAAGGUGGAAAAGAAUACGGAUGCGAUUGAUUCAUUAAGAAAUACACGUGUAGAAUGUGGAUGUUCGUGUGAAAAUGGUGUAUGUUUACCUGAAACAUGCCAAUGUGCAAUUGAUGGAAUUCAUUGUCAAGUUGAUGGAGGUGAAUGGCCAACUCAGCCAUGUGCAUGCUUUGCAGAGACUUGUACAAAUCCAGAAGGACGAACAUUCUAUGAUCCUGAAGCUGUUCAUGAGUUCCGGCAGCGAACAAUUAUGAAUUGGAGAGCCUCACAGAAAACUGGAAUCUCGGGAUCGCCGGUUGUGAAAAAGUUUGCUGAUAGUGAUGAAGAGGAUGAUAAGGCGAAGACGUGGCUUCUCAAAAAUGCUAUUCCAAUUAAGCUCGAAGAAUCACCAACAAAGUACCCGGUGACCCCAGUCUAUACACGUAGAUCACGUUCAAGUCUAUCUGAUAUCCGUGAGAGUACAAGUGAAACGACGGGAUCCAUAACACCUUCAACUUCAUUAUCAGAAAGAAUUAAAGCAAUGCAACAUUUGGAUAAUGAAGUUUGUGUUGAACAAGAGGAAAAAGAUGAGGAUGAUGCAUAUUUUAUGGAUAAUAAGGAAGACACAAUAAUCGAAGCUGAUCUCACACUUCAAGAAGUCUAUGUAGAACAGGAUAUGGUAGCGGUUACUGUAGAAUCCAGCUCGGAAACGACAGAUAUUGAUGCAAAUGAAAUGAUUGAAGCAACGGCAAUGAGCCCGGUUAAAACGACGCUGGUCGUCUAGAAUAUUCCUUGAUUUGAAAACGAUUUAUUUGGAGAGCUACAGAUCUGGAUUCUUGUACAAUUAAAAAUUAAGAAAAAAAUAAUUCUGUCUGUAGAUGUCCAAAUUCUUGUUCCAAACCGACGAACUUAUGAUAAUUUGAUAAAAUAACUUGAAUAAUUCUAAUUCUAAUUAUUUUCUGCCACCUGAAUGUAAACUAUUACAAUAAUCAUCGUCAUCAUAAAUUGUCAUUCUCUUAAAUCGCCCCUCAUCCAGUAUACACAUAAGGUCUCAGGAAACAAAAUAUCGUGUUUUUUUUCUCUGUAAAAUUUAAUGCAUUACGGAAACACCCAUACAAUUAACGGACCCUUUUCUCUCUCUCUUGAUCGGUUUUUUUUUCGCUCUGUAAUACAACAUUUUUUGUUGUAAUUUUCCACAAUUUCGCCAAUCUUUGAUUUAUUUUCGUGUUUUUUUUGUAACUUUAGAAUUUUCAUGCCCUUUUUUCCCGCGGCAACAUUUUGCCCGCAACACGGCCAAGCAAUGAAUUUUUUUGAAUUUU